AUGACGACGCUGCUGCAGCCGCUCCACAUGGCGGUGGACAAUCGGCACUGGAGCAGCAAACGGCUCGAUCAUCUCAUUACGCACGAGUCACCCACCUCUGUCGCCGUGGCAGCGCUCGACGACGACUGGGUCGACGCCCCCGUCCCUUCCCCUGAGCCCUCGCCGGAGCUCUCAGGGGUAGUCGUGCGCAUUGACACCGGCGAGGUGCUGGGGCGCGCAAACGGCGCCUGCAACUCUUUCUUUGGUGUGCCGUUUGCCGCAACACCGACGGGCUCGCUGCGCUUCCGGCCGCCCUCUGCGGCCGUUCCGUGGGCAGGUACGCUGGACGCGCGCGUGAGCGACAUCAAAGGCUGUACGCAGCCCUCGCUGGACUUCUUGGAGGAGUUCUUCAAGCUGCCGGGGUGGGCAGACGGGUGGAUCGAGGACACGGGCUUCGAGACCCAGUCGAGCGAGGACUGCCUUACCGUCUCGGUGCACACGCCCGACGUCAACGGCAGCGCGCCUGUGCUCGUGUUUCUGCACGGCGGCUCCAAUCUCAACGGCAAGGCAGGCGACAAAUGGCCUCAGCCCAUCUGUGCGGGUGGCGCCGUCCUCGUCGAGGUCAACUAUCGGCUCGGCGUCUUCGGCAACCUCGCGCUACCAGAGUUGCUGGCAGAGACUGGCACCGCCGGCAACCAGGGGCUGCAGGAUCAGCGUGCUGCACUGGAGUGGGUGCAGCGCAACAUACACGCGAUGGGUGGCGACCGCACGCGCGUGAGCCUGAUGGGCGAGUCCUCCGGCGCCAUGGCGGUCGCCGCGCACCUCGCGCUGCCGCGCUCGUCUGGGCUGUUUGCGCAGGGAAUCCUCAUGUCUGGCAAUGAUUACUCGCUCACGCUGACCGAGGCGUUCGCUGCUGGGAACCAGUUUGCCGCCCUCUCUGGCUGCGGUAGCGCAGUCAACCGCUUGUCGUGCCUCCGGGGAUUGGACCCUAAGAUGCUGGUUAAUACACAGACGCCCGUGUACAACCAAAGCAUGCGCGCGCUGCAGACGCCGGUGGCCGACGGCUUCGAGCUUCCACCUGGCACCUCACUCGCGAGCCUGUACGCGUCCGGUCGCGUCCAUCCCAAGCCGCUGCUGCUGGGCACGACCAAGGACGACAUCUCAGUCUUCCUGAGACACUCGUGGAGGGAGGUGCUACCGCGGCUGCUCCAAGAGUCGUCCCUCACCAAGGACGACCUCGCGGGCUUCCUGGAGCGCUUCCUGCCGAGCGCGUCGCCCGAGGAGCGGGACGCCGUGUUGCGCGCCUACACACCCGCUCGGUUCGGGCCACCCGCAGUCAGGCACGCGCUUUACGAGCUCGGCACCGACGGUUACUACGCGUGCCCAACUCGGAGGAUCGCCUCGGCUGUGGCGUCUCGCCUGCCGGGCAGCGUUUUCCGCUAUGUUUUCGCGGCAGCGAUCGUCGACAUUGACACGCGCCGAAUGCCUGACUGGGCUCGCACGCUCCUGUUUCCUCUGAGGGAACGGCUGGCGGACCCGUUGCUCGGCGCUUACCACGGCUCGGACUCUGAGUUGUUGUGGAGCGACCCGUACACGCUCCUCGACGCCGAGGAGAGCGCCCUUCGCCGCCGGAUGCUGCAGCACUGGCUCAGCUUCGUCAAGACAGGCCGUCCGAUGGAGAGUUGGCCUGCCUUUGGAUCGACCGAGUCGUUCAUCAAGCUCGACACGAGCGGCGACCGCGUCGGCGAGCAUUGGCACCGCGCAAGCUGUGAGAUCUUACAGCGCUUUCGCUUUGUAUGGGACCCGGGAUGA